AUGAAGCGCACUGGGACCGGACAGAAGCACGUGGUAGAUUUACCCAAGUCUCAACUUCUCGUUUCGGCGGAGUUUCGACAAGCCGUCGUGGUACCGUCCGGCAAGAUCAAUGAUGACUUUCUGCGUCCAGUCCAAUGGGUCCUGUGGAGUGUGACCACGCACCAUGCCGUCCUGGUCAGCCCUGAAGAGGCGGCAGAGCUCAUUCCGUUGUGCCGAGCGGCACCUCAGCAGGUGGUGCAUCUUUUGACCUACGCGGCACCCGUCACUCUGAAGAUGCUACAGUUCAACGACCUGAACUAUUACUCGGUCCCCCCACUGCUGGGCAGCACCCCUGUGGUUAAAAAUCCAGGAUUGUCGAGCGAUGAUGCAAGCCCCUCUCAGGACGAUCCAGCUACCACCAUGCAUGCAUCAUCGCUCGAAUGUUCGGACGCCCAAGAUGACGACCAUCAGACGGUGGAGAUGCUGGAUUCAACCGAACCAGAUAACCCAGCUUGCACGAAGGCGGUCCGCACCGCCAGGCUGAGAGAAAUGCGGAUGCUUACGUUCCUUCACUCCUGGCUCGGAACCCGAGGUCGAGGCCAAGAUUUCGCCCACACGCCCAUGGGUUACGUCUGCGACCGAAAACAGUUGGCUCAAGACCAUUCCUUUUUCCGGUCCCCGGACCACAACGAGACUCGACAGUCCCUGGGGCGACAUACCGGGGAUGGAAAUAUGUCGAUCGUCGGCGAUGUGCAAGCCGCACAGGACGAGGACGAUGACUCGGACGCAGGCGAAGAAGAGCUGGACACACGCCACAGACUGACCGCGGAGGAGUUGAAGAUGUCAGCCGAGCUCGCCGCGCAUGAUGGGGAUAGUCAGCUGCAGGACAAGAGCUCAAUUGUUGAAGGAAGUGCUGAGCGAGGUAGUUCACAAGGUCCAACAGUCUAG